UACACAAAAAAUUAAGCAUGCAAGUAUAGAACAUAGUUACUCACAACUUUCAUAUAUUUUUUCUAUAUAAAAUUAAUCAUUUCUUAUAACUUAUGAACCAUAAUUUAAUUAUGGUAUUAAUAUUUUCUAUUAAAUCUAUUUUUUUUUCUAUUAAAUCUAGGUGGAAGAACUUGAAAUAAAUACAUUUAAGUCCUAAGAAUAGAGGGUUGGGUUGGGUACGUGUCCAAGAAUGUAUCACGUGUUUAUCCUCAAUACAGCGCUUGCCCUGAAAAAGUGAAACAUCCGCAGCAUCCGCAGAGCCGAAGGGAGAGGGAGAGAGGGAGAGGGAGAGGCAGCGAAGAAGCUCCGGAGAUCGUCGAUUCUCGUUUAGGUCUUUCUUCGGAGCUUCUUUCUUCUUUCUUUCUCUUUGCUUUCUUUCCUUUUUGUCUCUAACAUUCAGGUGUCGAAUAAUACCAGAUUAAGCCGCUUCAACAGGUAUUGAGACAAAUAUGCUUCCUUAGAGGAAAUUGCUGGUAGGUGGUUACACGCGUGUCAACGUAUAGCCUUUUGUUUGCAAUACAAGGUCUGGUAUUCUCUCAAACGGUGGUUGAAUUAAGGGAACUUGAUAUAAGGGUUAAAGAUGCCAGCAGUUGUGUUUUCUAAGCUAAAACCUGUUGUAUUUACUGGUUUUCAAAGGUCUCUUACAGGAAAACAAGUUCCGUUGUCCGACUCAGCAAGUUCAUUGCUUAGACAGCUCAAAUUUUUGGCAAAAACAAUGGCUGUGUCUAGUUCCAAGGCUGUUUUCGGAGAUGUUUAUAUGGAUGAGUUGGUAGCAAGUUGUGGGAAUGGCUUGGACUUCUUGAAACCUAGUGGGGUUUAUUUUGCUGAUCGAAGUCAAAGCAGUUGCCAAAAAGCUAGCCUGAUUUUGAGAAAGCAAGAACAGCGCAACAAUCGUCUUGUUUGUGGGUACAAUUUUUGUGACGCAGUGCAGAGAAAUACCGGAUAUAAUCUUCCUUUUGGUCCAAGGAUGAAAAAUAUCCACACAUCAUCUUUGUCUUGUACCUCUUCUAGGGCAGCUCAUGAUUUGUCAUUUGAUGGGAGUUCUAAGGAUGAACGGGCUGCAAGUUUACCUGUAAAGAAUAAAAGCUUUAGACUAGUUUCAGGGUCUUGUUAUCUCCCACAUCCUGCUAAGGAAGAAACAGGAGGAGAGGAUGCUCACUUCAUUUGUGCCAAUGACGAAGCCAUAGGGGUAGCUGAUGGUGUUGGUGGCUGGGUGGAAGUUGGCGUUGAUGCUGAUGAAUUUGCCCGUGAACUUAUGUGUAAUUCAGUGGCAGCAAUUCAAGAUGAACCAAAGGGUUCCAUUGACCCAGCCAGAGUAUUAGAGAAAGCCCAUUCAAGCACAAAAUCACAAGGAUCCUCAACUGCCUGCAUCAUUGCCCUUACAGAGGAGGGGAUACAUGCAAUAAAUCUGGGGGACAGCGGUUUCAUUGUGGUUAGGGAUGGCUGCACCGUCUACCAUUCCCCAGUCCAGCAACACGGUUUCAAUUUUACAUAUCAAUUGGAGAGUGGUGACGGUGGUGAUCUACCAAGCUCUGGUCAGGUUUUCAAAAUUCCUGUUCUGUCAGGUGAUGUGAUUAUCGCUGGAACAGAUGGGUUGUUUGAUAACUUGUAUAAUAAUGAGAUUACUGCUGCUGUUGUUCAUGGUUUAAGAGCUGGCUUCAAUCCCCAAUUGAUGGCUAAGCAGAUAGCAACAUUGGCUCGUGAACGAGCUGUGGAUAAGAACCGACAGACACCGUUUGCCAAAGCAGCUCAAGAUGCUGGGUUUCGUUACUAUGGUGGCAAGCUUGACGACAUCACUGUUGUUGUGUCGUAUAUUGCUGGCUCUUCCAAUACGUGAAACCUAGUGAAAGAAACAUUCAUAUUGGCCUUUCUUUAUGCACUUGUGAUUCACGAGAAGUUUUGAUCCUUGAUUUUUGUUCAAUAAGUAAUUCCGUCGUUCCUCCUUUAACAA